AGACUGGAGAAAAAGAGGAGAGGUUCAGGAAGAAGGAUAAAGGGAAUAUCAGAUGAACAUAAUAACAUCAGGAAUGGCAGGGGCAGAGUGGGAUUUAAACGCGGCGCAUUCCCGACACAUUUCCCAACUCCGGUCAGGGCGCCUCACCUCAGCCCUGCGCGCUCCUGCAGUCCGGCGGGUGUUGACAUCCAUGGAAGUGGCCGGCUUGUACGAGGAGGGCGGCUUCGCGAUCCACGGCAGAGACGGAAUCAUCGCUCCCAUCGGCGGCGGCGCGUACUGGAGGCUCGGCGACUCGAUGACGGAGCUGGGCGUGGAGGAGCGGGAGAGAGCCAUCGACUUCAGCGCGUACCUGGACUCAGCCCUGCACUGCCCGCCGCAGACACAGCCGGGCGACGCUUUCUCAGACUUCCUCGGAGAGAGCAAGAUCAAAAGAGUCACGGCUCUGCAAAACUACAAGAACUACUCUCUGCUGAACGAGCUGGAGGCGAGUCAGUGCGAGAACCUGCGGGAGUCGUACGGACUGAACUACGCGGAGCUGCAGGAGACCCGGGUGGACAGCGUGUUGAGCCCGGAGUUGAGCCGCUACCGAGCCGCCGCCGCUGCUCCCGCGGACCGAGAAGACAGCCAGGAAGACACGAAAAUGGAAAACGGCUCGUCUGGCUUCGACAUGAGGUCCUAUCUGCACUACCAGUCCACGAGUGGGAGUCUGGGGAACAUUUCCACCGCGUCGUCGAACUGCUCCAGCCCGCCCGGCACACCUGCGCCGUCAGGUAACGGCAGGUCGCCGUCGCACGGCGGCAAGUCGUCCAGCGGGAAGUCGAAGAAGCGCCUGGAUAAGGACAGCGAGGAGUACCGGCUGAGGCGGGAGAGGAACAACCUCGCCGUGAGGAAGAGCAGGGACAAAGCCAAGAUGCGCAACUUGGAGACGCAGCAGAAAGUGCUGGAGCUGGCGGUGGAGAACGACCGUCUACAGAAGCGAGUGGAGCAGCUGUCCAGAGAGCUGGCCACCCUGCGCAACCUGCUGUCCGCCACUGGACAGUGCUGAGCCGCUCACCUGGUGGACUUUACAGAAAUACAGGGUACUACUGCACCCACUGGUUUACAAGGACGCUUUGAAUGAGACUGAACAGAGUGGGCGCAUGGGGUGGCCAUCCACGACUCUUCCUAAACAUGUCACCUUAGCUUUAUUCUCAGAUGUAAUUUUUUUUUUUUUUUUUUUUUUUUUUUUUUUUUUUUUUGGUGUAUGCAGUAUUUCUGUGCAGGUUUUACAUCCAUUCCUGGUGAAUUUCUACAUUUUGUGUACACUGUGUCUGCAGCAAUGGCUGUCAGGGGAAGAGUUGUGCUGCAGUGAAAUGAUGCAACUCUUUGUAAUAGUAUUGGCAAUGAAUGAAAUAAGUAUAAUUAUUUAAUAUUAAAAGGUGAAAUGCUUUAAUUGUACUUGAUAUUUUAUUGAAUUAAACAGAUUUAUACUUUGUUUAAA